GAGGUCGGCAGUGAGGAGGAGGAGAGGAGAGGAUGCUGGAUGCUGAGACGGAGGUGCUGGUGUUUCACUUUCUGUCACACUGAAGCUCAUCGCAUCCUGACGGAGGAAGAACAACAACAACACGUCUGCUAGGAAGCCUCAGGAUUAGGUGGACGAUGAACAUGUCUGGCGGGCCCCUGGGGGAGGAUCUCACGGAUGAGGAGAAGGAGAUCAUCAACAGUGUGCUGGCUCGGGCGGCCAUGAUGGAGAACAUGGAGCAGCAGAGGAUCGAGCGUCUCUCCAGCCGGCUGGAUAACAUCAAGAAGACGGCGUGUGGGGACGGACAGUCUCAGUGUCUGCUGUGUGGAGCGUCUUUUGGACCGCAGGGGGUCACAGCUGUCCUCUGUGUGCAGUGCAAAAAUCACAUGUGCAGCAAAUGCGGGAUUUUCAGCAACAGCAGGUCGUGUCCUGUGUGGCUGUGCAGAAUCUGCAACGAGCACAAAGAGGUACAGAAGCGUUCAGGAGCGUGGUUCUUCAAGGGGAGAGACCAGCAGAGUCUGCCUGCCGCUCUCCCUCUCUCCGGUUCUCGACAGUCCAGCAUUGAGAACAGCUAUGCUCCAACAGGUCAGAACGGAUCACAGGAACCAACACGGCAUCAGGGAUACGAGCUCGGUGCAGAUCAUCAGCAGCAGCAGUCCUCCGGGUCAGAACAAUGGGAGCAGACAGCAAGAACAACAGCUGACAGCUAUAAUGAGAGUCAGACUUGUCCACCGGCUGUAAUGAAGACUGAGAGACAAGUGUUAGCCUCCAAACCGCCGCGGGCAAACGCCCAGUCAGCUGCCCCCACCACCGCAGCUCCUCCUGCAGAUGUGGGAAACAAACUCCAGGAGAAGGCAGAGACAGUUUCCCCUCCAGCUGUUCAGGAAAAAAGGGCACCUGUGGUCUCCAGCUCCAUUUCAUCAAAUACACCUACAAGCAGAAUUAUUCCACCUGUUAAUCCACCGGUCAACAACCCCGCUCCCCCGAAACCUCCACCAGAUCGAACAGAAGAAGACGAUAACGACUACGACUCAGAUGACGCCACAACUCUGGGCUCUCUGGAGUUCAGUCUCCUUUACGAACAGGAGAACCACACCCUGCACUGUUGUGUCGUUAAAGCCAAGGGUUUAAAGCCGAUGGACUCAAACGGACUCGCUGACCCGUAUGUUAAGCUGCACCUGUUACCCGGAGCCAGUAAGUCUAACAAGCUUCGUACCAAAACACUUAAAAACACUCUGAAUCCUGUGUGGAAUGAGACGCUUGUCUACCACGGUAUUACAGCUGAUGAAAUGUCACGCAAAACCCUCCGGCUUUCUGUGAGUGACGAGGACAAGUUUGGACACAAUGAAUUCAUCGGAGAGACUCGAGUCGCCCUGAAGAAACUGAAGUUUGAUCAGAAGAAGAACUUCAGUGUUUGUUUGGAGCGAGUGAUCCCGGUGAAGAAAGCUGUAGGCGGACCAGCUCGUGGAAUGGCUCUCUAUGAGGAUGAUCUAAAUGAAGGUGAAGACUCAGAGGAGAGGGGUCGUGUCCUUGUAUCACUGAUGUACAACAGCCAGCAGGGUCGUCUGAUCGUGGGCGUGGUCCGCUGUGCCCAUCUGGCUGCCAUGGACUCCAAUGGAUACUCUGACCCUUUCGUAAAAGUAUGUCUGAAGCCAGAUAUGGGAAAGAAAGCCAAGAACAAGACCCAGAUAAAAAAGAAGACCCUUAACCCAGAGUAUAACGAGGAAUUCGGUUAUGAAAUCAAGCAUGGCGAGCUAGCCAAGAAGACCCUUGACAUCUCCGUCUGGGAUUAUGACAUGGGGAAAUCAAAUGACUUCAUUGGUGGAUGUCAGUUGGGCAUCCAGGCCAAAGGAGAGUGUUUGAAGCACUGGUACGAAUGCCUCAAGAACAAAGACAAGAAGAUUGAACGUUGGCACGUCCUGCUAAACGAUAACACGGCCAUGUUUGAGGAUUAAAAAAAACGUCUUCCCUUCUUAUUAAUUAAGUACUUGUUUUCUCUAUUGUUCUCCCUGUGGAAUAUUGUCUUCCUGUUAACAUCGGCAGACUGAUAUUAUCCUCUUGCUUUUAUUUCCCUUCAUGUCAAUGUACAAGCUGCAUUUCCAAUAGUUUUCAGGUGACCAACAUGGAUGUCCUUAAAGCUCUUUUUUCAAUGAGGAGCGAUCACUAAACAAAACCAGGAAGCUCACAUUUACACUGCUAUUACACUAUCAGCUGUAUGAUAUUAUUAAAACCUCACCUGCCAUGCUGUUAUGACUGAACAAAGUGAUUAUACUCGUAUUUUAUGGAGGAGAUUAUCAUUAUCAUAAAGUCAGUAUGUCGUAAAGCCUCCACGUUCAGACACGAGAAAGGGAAUUCCCGGCUCUCUGACCCCUUUUCUGACCCCACCUGUGCUCUUCUCAUAUGAGAUCAUGGUAUGUUGCUAUCAGCUGAUCUGUGUGACCA